UCUGAAGCACCGCCUUGACGGCACAUCACCACGCACGUGUCGGUGGUGCAGCUGGAGGAACAUGAGAACCGGACCGAGGGACCGGAGAGGACAGAAAGGCCCGUUAAAGGACACUAACACGGUGUAGACUAACGGAGACCCACCGGACGGUUACCGGACAGAGGCUCGUUCCCCGGCAGCGGACCACGGUUCCUUAACGGUUCGCGCGGCCGCAGAGCACCGGCACGCGGAGAAAGUUCUGGGUGUUUGAGUCCGGCCUGCGCGCGCGUGUCUGUGUUGUAGCAGAUCCAGGCGCCUUUGGGUUCGCUCGUUUUCCGACGCAGAGGACGGUUCGGUUCGCCGUCAUGGCGGACUACCUGAUCAGCGGACAGACCGGCUACGUCCCGGAGGACGGACUGACCGGACAGCAGCUGUUCACCGGAGGAGACGGACUCACCUACAAUGACUUCCUGAUUCUUCCAGGUUACAUCGACUUCACAGCAGACCAAGUGGACUUGACGUCGGCGCUCACCAAACAGAUCACCAUGAAAACGCCCUUCGUCUCGUCCCCCAUGGACACUGUCUCAGAGGCCAACAUGGCCAUCGCCAUGGCACUCACAGGUGGAAUCGGCUUCAUCCACCACAACUGCACUCCAGAGUUUCAGGCCAACGAAGUUCGCAAAGUCAAGCGUUACGAGCAGGGCUUCAUCACAGACCCGGUGGUCAUGAGUCCUGCUGAGCGCGUGCGAGACGUCUUCCAGGCCAAAGCUCGUCACGGUUUCUGUGGAAUCCCGAUCACCGACAACGGGAAGAUGGGAGGAAAACUGGUGGGAAUCAUCUCAUCCAGAGACAUCGACUUCCUGAAGGAGGAGGACCACGACCUGCCGCUGAGCGAGGUGAUGACGAAGAGGGAGGAGCUGGUGGUGGCGCCUGCAGGAGUCACCCUGAAGGAGGCCAACGAGAUCCUCCAGAGGAGUAAGAAAGGUAAACUGCCCAUCGUUAAUGAGGCGGGCUCUCUGGUGUCCAUCAUCGCCCGGACUGACCUGAAGAAGAACCGAGACUUCCCUCUGGCCUCCAAAGACUCACGCAAACAGCUGCUGUGUGGCGCCGCCAUCGGGACGCACAACGACGACAAGUACCGCCUGGACCUGCUGGUGCAGAGCGGCGUGGAUGUGGUUGUACUGGAUUCCUCUCAGGGAAACUCCAUUUUCCAGAUCAACAUGAUUAAAUACAUUAAGGACAAAUAUCCAAACCUGCAGGUCAUUGGAGGCAACGUGGUGACUGCAGCUCAGGCCAAGAACCUGAUCGAUGCCGGCGUGGACGGGCUGAGGGUCGGGAUGGGCAGCGGCUCCAUCUGCAUCACACAGGAAGCUCCUGUCUUUGUUCCUCCGGCUAUAAAGCUCCACAGCCCCAAAACCCCAACCACAGUUACAGGAUACUCCAUGUUGGCAUGCGGUCGGCCUCAGGCCACGGCGGUCUACAAAGUGUCUGAAUACGCCCGGAGGUUCGGCGUCCCGGUUAUCGCUGACGGCGGCAUCCAGACCGUGGGUCACAUCGCCAAAGCCCUGGCCCUGGGAGCCUCCACAGUGAUGAUGGGUUCGCUCCUCGCCGCCACCACCGAGGCUCCCGGUGAAUACUUCUUCUCUGACGGCAUCAGGCUGAAGAAGUACCGCGGGAUGGGUUCACUGGACGCCAUGGACAAGAACCUGGGCUCACAGACCCGAUACUUCAGUGAAAGUGAUAAAAUUAAAGUAGCUCAGGGCGUCUCCGGAGCCGUCCAGGACAAAGGCUCCAUCCACAAGUUCAUUCCGUAUCUUCUGGCCGGGAUUCAACACUCGUGUCAGGACAUCGGAACCAAGAGCCUCACGCAGCUCAGAGCCAUGAUGUACUCUGGAGACCUGAAAUUCGAGAAGAGGACGGCGUCGGCGCAGAUGGAGGGCGGAGUCCACGGCCUCCACAGUUACGAGAAGCGUCUGUUCUGAGGAGACGACGACGCCGAGCUGCAGGACAAACAGAAGAACACGAUGGAAACGACAGAGGCGCUUCCUGGUGUUCCCUUCAGAUCUGGUCUUCCUCCAUCAUCUAUGCAUCGUCCAGAACAAGCAUUUAUGAGUGUGAUUGAAAUCGUACUGUUCGUCCAAUAAGAAUAAAGCCCAUGUUUUUCCACUA